UUGUAACUUGGGUGUUGGUGGAUAUUGAAAAUUAAAAACUUGAUACACAGGAUUUCGUUUACUAAAUGUGCAGUUUUGAAGAAAAAGUUUUAACGCUAAACAAAACUAUUUGAAUAAAUUUCAAACUGUUUCACGGGGAACUUUUUACAAAAGUAGAAUAGAAUAUUAAGUGUGUUGCUAUGUGGAUUGUGAAUAACACAAGUAAAUAACAGGGCUUGGCUGGACCGUAUUUAGAGGAACUGAAAAUAAACUACUAAUAGAACCAUAUUAUUUCAAAGUCGCUAUGUUUUCAAAGAAAAAGAAGAAGCCUCUUAUUUCACCACCAAGUAACUUUGAACAUAGAGUGCACACUGGUUUUGAUAGAAGAGAAAACAAGUUUGUUGGUCUACCAUUGCAAUGGGCUUCACUAGUUGGAAAUAACCAGAUAUUAAAAUCUUCAAAUCGACCAUUACCUUUAGUAGAUCCAUCAGAAAUUACACCAACAGAGAUUUUAGACCUAAAAACUGUUGUUAGAGGUGAUCACCGGACAUCAUCAGUUGCAGCCAUUUCAAGACCAACUUCCACAAACCCAAUAACCCAACCUGUACAGAAUGGGGUUAUAUUACCAAAAAUGUCUAAUGUUGCUCGGUCAAACUCUUUGAGGAGUUCAAGUCCACCAAGAAUAAGAAGAGACCUUAGAGGUCAGGCAAAUAUUCCACCAUCAGUUCCUGAAGAGUCACCUUCUGUGCAACAAGCUCCACAGUACCCAAGUUUAAGACGUGAACAGAGCAAUUAUACACUUAAUCAGCCAGUUCGAGAAUCACCUGAUGAAUGGUCUCAACAUGCUCAUGAAACAGCUAUAAGAUCUAUGAAUGACGUAAAUGAAAAUCCACAAUCAAAUAUUACAUAUCAAAACAUACAAAAUGCCAAUAUUCCAUACCAACACAGCCAUCCACCCCCUCAGCCUACUUUGCAUCAACCACAAGGUGGAAUGAAUGGAAACAAUAUAAAUAUAGGUGAUGCAUAUGGCGUACGAAUCCAACAUCCGGGUGCACCAGCUCUGUCUGCCUCUAAACACGAGCUACGCUUGACACAUGAACAGUUCCGCGCUGCUCUCAGACUCGUAGUAAGCGAGGGUGAUCCUCGGGAGACACUAACUGGCUUCAGCAAGAUUGGGAAAGGAAGUACGGGAGUGGUUUGCGUAGCCACAGACACGAGGACUCGGCGACGAGUAGCCGUCAAGAUGAUGAACCUACGCAAUCAGCAGAGGAGGGAAUUGCUGUUCAAUGAAGUGGUAAUAAUGCGAGAUUAUCCACACCCAAACAUCGUAGAAAUGUACGCAUCGUACCUUGUUGGGAAUGAAUUGUGGGUUGUCAUGGAAUAUAUGGCCGGUGCUUCGCUGACACAAAUUGUGACGCGCGCGCGCAUGGAUCCAGAACAAAUAGCCACUGUGUGCAAGCAGUGCUUAAAGGCGUUGGCGUUUUUACAUGGACAAGGUGUUAUUCACCGAGACAUCAAAUCUGACUCGAUUUUGAUGACGGCUGAUGGACGCGUCAAACUUUCUGACUUCGGAUUUUGUGCUCAGGUUUCACAGGAGCUACCAAAGCGUAAAUCCCUAGUAGGAACACCAUACUGGAUGUCACCAGAAGUUGUAUCUCGAUUACCUUAUGGCCCAGAGGUAGAUGUGUGGUCAUUGGGCAUUAUGGUCAUUGAAAUGAUUGAUGGGGAACCCCCAUUCUUUAAUGAACCACCCUUGCAGGCCAUGCGUCGAAUCCGGGACAUGCCACCCCCCCGGCCUCGUGGAGCGUCUCGCUGCCCUCCAGACUUGACUUCGUUCCUGGAGUGCGCCUUAGUUCGAGAUCCAGCUCAACGGCAUACGGCAGCGAGGCUACUCCACCAUCCCUUGCUACGACGCGCUGGUCCACCUGCUUUGUUAGUACCUUUGAUGCCACAAUGAUAGGACUAACAUCAUUUUGACACAAAAUACAAGUAAUGGGAAGUUUAUAUGUAUUACAUUCAUGUUGCAAGAAGCUCUUCCCCUUAUUUAUAAAAGCAAAAAGAAACUCUUUCAGUCGAAUUGUGGUAACCCUUUAAUGAAAAGGAUCAGUUACUUUUGUUGAAACAAUGCAAUUACAGUUAUUAUUUUUUUAUGUAUAAGGAAAAAAGCAUUUACUUGCAACAUUGAAAUUGUAUUGCAUGUCAUUUUAUAUACAUACAUAACAUUUAUUGUUAAAUAAAAUGUGGAACAAAAAUAUGUUGACAAGAAUUGUAUAAAAAAUUUCAUACUUAGAUAUUUUAUUGUAACUGGCGAUUAAUAUAAAAAAAUAACUUUAAGUAAAUUGUUGACCACUAUUGCCAUUUAAAAAAAGAAUAUUAUCAAUAUAAUUCAAAGCAGUUUGAAUAAAGAACAAUGUAAUCUGUUCCACAAGUAAACAUGUUUUCGUGUUGUAUUUUGCUGAAGAGUAUCUGUCGCAAACAAUUGAUACUGAAGAACAAUAUAAUCACUAAAAUCAAUUGCCGUUAGAAAGCAGAUGUCGAUGAACGAAAGGUCAAUAACCCUAAGCAACAAUACCGAGUGACCGAUUUCGUUGAAAGAGAAUACAGUUUUCAUCAACUGUUUAAUAUGCCAUUUACAAUGAUAAUUACUAUUUGCGACUAUCAAAUAAAAUUAGGUUAACUUGAGUUAUUUUAAAAAUGUAUACUUCGUGGUAGUUAAUUUUUCACGAAAUGAUAUUGAAAUCGACCCGAAGAAACGACGCUUUUAAGCGAUAUCCAAAACAUGACAAAGUGUGCCUAAGAUUAGUGUAAAACUGAACGGAUGUGUGACUAAAAUAUAAGUACUUAAAACGUGCCUUGAAUUGGAAAAAGCUGUGGUUAAACAUCAGUUCUGCUAAUGUUGUUAUGAGCCUUUUUAUAUUUUGGUUAUUGAAGCAAAAGUGGGAUUUUUAUGUCAACAUUAGAACCGCAAGUAAUACUACUUGUAUACUUACAUUAAAAUGUAAGGUCAAGACGUUUUUUGUUUAUUUUACUUUAAAAAAUCUGCCUUAUUCAUAAUUAAUUGCAGUUUUUGGUCUCUUUCUGUCAAAUUACGUAUAUAAUAUGUUGAAAUGAGACAACAGAACUGUAGUGUAAACAGUGCAAUAAGACUGAUUUAGUUUCUAUGAACAAGUGGGUCAAUGUGUAUGUAUAUUUUAACAUGAAUUUGUUUUAACGGCAUUGGCCAAUAAAAUCAGUUGAGAAUUUUAAGCAUGCAUUUGAUCUUUUUCUACUUAAAAAUUGACUGGGCUCUUAAAAUACAAACUUUUACUGUAAUUAGUUAUCACAAUUUUACAAUUGCUUUGAAUUUAUACGGAACUAUUUGUAAGCCACAUACUAAUUUAGAUUUAAUGUAUUCUUUGAGAAAGAUACACCAGUGAAUUCAUUCCACUUAUCCAUUCCUAUGAAAAGUAUAUAUUUGUACCUUCUUAGUAUAUUGAUUGAUAAUAUUUUUGCCUAGAUUUUUAAAUUCAAUAUAUGUAUACAAAUUUGUUUUUAUCGGAAAAAUAUCUAUUAAAUCAUCCUUGUUGGCUAUUUAGUUCUUUUACAAAAGGGUAGAGUUUGGCAAAAAUUAUAAAUUAUUAAUAAUGGUAAAUUUAAUCUGUCAAAAUUGACAAGCGCGUUAAAAUUUAUGAAUUCUUUCUUCAUAACUUUAUCAAAUUAAUUCAUAAAGUCGGUUUGACUAGGGAACUUCCAACAUGUAUUUAAUUUUUCACAAUUACUUACGGACAGCUUGAAACAACUCGGGCUUAAUCGAUACAUUUUUAAGGUUAUAUUUAAUGAUUUUGAAAGUGGGCUUAGUGCUGUAGCUGUAUUUUUACAAAAUUUCUAGACUUAACAUUAAGUAGGUUAUACAAUGCCUUUUGUAGUAACUAGCCCGUCCAGUGGUUUUUAAUUCGUUAUAAUUAUAUAUUUACUUAUAAACGUAUUUUAAGCCUCGUGUGGCUUUUUAAAAAUCAAUUAAAAACAUGUUAUUUAACUAAUUUAGUUUUUAGUAUGUUUAGUCGUUUAAUUAAAAUUCGAGGCCUUAAUCGGGUAGGGUUGUUAAAUUUUGGCUAAUUAUAAGCGAUCAGUGCCUAAAUAAAAUUAAUCAGUAUUAUACAAAUUUUGUCUAUUCUUAAAUAGAUGUUAAAUAUUUAUGCUCAUUUUCUUUAUAUAAUCUGUAAUAGAAUUGUAUUUAUAGAAAGUGAGUGCUUCGUAAUUAUGCUAAUUAUUAAAAUCUGCAUGUUUUGGACAAUUGUUUUAGUAAUUAAAAUAUAUUAGUGUUAUUUUUAAUGUAUAAACAAUUUUUGUAUUUCUUCACAUUCCAGUUUCUUGUGUUUAUUUAUUUUUUCUUAGUGAAGAUUAUUCACGAAAAUGGCUAUUUUAUGAUGCUAGAUUUAGACUGAUACAGGUGGACAAUUUAUGCAGCUAACGAUUUUUGUUACUAAAAUCAUUUACAUAUUUUAUUAUAUAAAUCACAAAGGCAAUUAUGGCCCCUGUGUACAUUACGUUAGCUACGUAUAAUAUUCUAUACGUGUACGUACUUUUUGACAAAAAACAAUAUUCGCAAACAUUGUCUCUCUUAAUGUACUUAAAUGGAUGUAUCGUGUUCCGCCUUCAUUUCGAAAUAUCUUUUCAAAGCAACUAUUUUUAUGCUCCUUUAGUGUAUAGAAAAGUCGACGCGUUCGCUUUAUAAAGUAAAAUAAGUUUUGUUAUGAGGUUCGAAGUUUUAUUGAAAUAUAUAAAAAUUUAAAUAGAACUUGUAGCUUCCCCAAAUUUCAUUGUUAAGGUUUGUGCGAAGCCGGUAUGUCAAACGUUCUAUAGUUUCUGUAAGAUUUAUUCCAGUGUUUUCAUAAAUUGCCUCAUAGACAUAAGCCAGUUUGUAUGCACAUUUCAUCACAAAUCAUGUCCGAUAGAUGUAUUAAUUUAUUGUGACUCAAUAAGGUUUAUGCCAAAUAUAUUGUAAUAUUGUCACGUUGUUAAGAAAUGUUAUGAAAUAGAGAUUUGAAAGUGA